UACAUAGCCAAACAGACUGGUCCUUUCGCACCAUAAACAUGAAAUGACCGGCCUGCCCAUUCUCCUCCGUCUUCCGUCUUCGGCAUUAACCCUGAGACUCCAUCGCCAUUUUGCCCAUACCUCGAUGGCAAGCCAACCUGUGAACGAGCUCGGUGAUUACCCAGUGCCACUGUCUCCGCCUCUUCCUUCAUUAUCCAAGGAUAUAGAGUUAAACAGGGCCUUGACGGCAUCCUCUAGAUCAGCGUCGUUUUCUCUAUCUAGGAACGACGUCAUCUUCGAAGACGAGUGGCUCGUCGCAGUCAACAAGCCUCGAGGAAUCUAUUGCGAAAGCGUACUGUCCGCUGUCUUGAAUCUUCUAAUAAGCUGCUCGGAUAACGAACUCAGUGCCAAACACCCUGAACUGCAUUUAGCUAACAGACUGGAUCGGGACACAAGUGGUGUAAUGGACAAGCACCUAAAUGGGGACAACUUGUCAUCCUGUCAGGACAUGGGCGGUCAAAACACGGGGCAUGGCGUGUUUAUGCCAGGUCUGAUGUGGGCCGGUCACUGCCAGGUGGAUCAGUCGUUAAAGACAUGGAGACCUCUUUCCAAGUUCUAUCUAUCAACGGGGUUCGACACCUAGAGGCUGAAAAAGAGGGAGAGUUAGAUGGAGAGAACGGGUCCUUAGUGGUUGUUGAAGAUAAAUCUAUGGUUGAUUUGGAUAUGAAGAAAGAUGUUGUUUUGAUUCGGGCAUACCCUCGGAGUGGAAGAACCCAUCAAAUACGCUUGCACUGUCAGUAUCUCGGGAUUCCGAUUAGAGGAGACGUAAAAUAUGAAGGAGUGUAUGAGUGGAAGGGUCAUACAUAUACUGGCCAUGAACUUCAUGCCGAAACAUUGUCAUUCACACAUCCUGUUUCUGGGCAACCUGUUUUGCUUAGGGCACCUCUGCCAUUAUGGGCAAUGAGCGGAACAGAAAUGUCAAGUUUUAAAUCUAACCAAAUUAAGGUCCAUAUACGCAAAGACAGUUUACUAUAACACACCUUAUUUUCAGAGGAAAAAUGGUUCGAGGACUGAGCUCACAUCGAGCUGAUUCAGGACUAUGUUAAGUCAAUUCUGAACCAUGCGAGGCUGAUAUAUUUGCACACCCCUAAAGCAGCCCAAUCCCUGGCAUUUCGUCUAGUCUAUAUUUUUGGUUAAAAUAGGUGCCAAAAUAAUCAAGGCCAGCUGCGCCAGCUGCAUACCUGCACUUGCAGGAUUAAUAUCAUAACUACUUCCAUUUUUUCUAUAUUAUGUUUAUUGGAAGAUUUGGUGCUGCAUUUUAUCUUAAUGCAGUUUUAAAUUGCCAAAGAUUAUAUUAAGGAGUCGAAUUUUAUCAUUUUUAUGUACAAUUACAAUGAGUAUACCCAGCCCCCAGGUACCACACUACUACCACAUCGAAUUAUCGAAACCCACUUCGUCUGACCAACAGUACAAAUAAAUCAAC